UGUUGUUGUUUUGGUUUUGCAGCCUUCACUGUGACCACUUUUUUUUUUAGGCCACUGCAGAAUGUAGAUCUAUAAUUUUGAUUGUUCAUUAUUACCGACCAGAUCAUUCGUGUAUUUUUCGCUCACUGCUGAUCAGUUACAUAGAUCUUGACCUAGUACUGUUACAUUGAAAAUGCAUGUUUUAAAAACUAACUAGAUUCUAAAUCUUGAUUUCUACAUCCUAAAUAAUAACACCAACAUAACUUAUUGUCAAUUCUUGUGCAGUAGUUUUCAAAAACUAUUGCAGAUGAUUCCUGGACUCAGAAUCCAUUUUCCUUGACAUAUAAACCAGUAGGUUUAAGUGCAAUUGAAGUAUUAGUGAUUUUCAUUACAAAAAAAUCAUCUUUCAAAAGAUCUGAAAUUUACCAGUAAAUAUGGGAGGAGCUGUUAGUUCUGGGCAAGACAAUGAUGAGCUUAUUGAUAAUCUAAGGGAGUCUAACUACAUUAAAACACCUGAAGUUGAACAAGUUUUUCGGAUUGUGGACAGGGCUCAUUACUAUUUGCCAGAAUGCAGAGAUAAUGCAUAUAAAGACUUAGCUUGGAAAAGUGGCACCCUGCAUUUGUCUGCUCCUUGCAUCUACUCAGAAGUUAUGGAGGCGCUGGAGUUGAAGCAAGGCUUGUCAUUUCUGAACCUUGGCAGUGGAACAGGAUAUCUAAGUACUAUGGUUGGACUCAUGAUAGGACCUUAUGGUGUAAACCAUGGUGUUGAGCUUCAUUCUGAUAAUGUGAAAUAUGCCAUGGAUAAGCUGGAAAGUUUCAUAAGCACAUGUCAAAGGUUUGAUGAUAUUGAACUAUGCGAACCUCAAUUUGUGGUUGGCAAUUGUUUAAACCUGGCACCAGAAAAUCGCUUGUAUGACAGAGUCUACUGUGGAGCAGCAUGCCCACCUGAAUUAAAAAAUGCCAUUCAGAAUAUGAUCAAAGUGACUGGAAUAUUGGUGAUACCUGUGGGAGAUCAGUUAUUAAAAAUAAAGAGGAUAAGUGAGACAGAAUUUACUUCAACAAAUGUUUUGCCAGUAUCCUUUGCUUCACUAGUUCAGCCAAAACCAGGUCAGGCAGAUGCCAACCCUGUUAUUUUACCUGAAGUGAAUCCUCUAUCGUUGCAGUAUAUGUGUCGUAUAAUUAUUCGGAAUGCUAUCCGUGUUACUUUUAACUUUCAACUACCUCCAAGAAAAUACUCGAAGUCUAAAAAGAAAAGGCGACGCCGUACUGCCAUGCUUAAUAUAAAUGAGGACAGAUAUCCAUUGGACAUUUUGCCAACAACAGGGGCACUUAUGAUUUUGGAAGCAUUUGAUCGAAAUGACUCUGAUAUUGACACAAGUGAUGAUGAUCUUGAUGUACAGCUGCAGCAUCACACCAGUGUUUUGCGGAGAUCAAGGGAAAUAAACCUGAGGCCUGAGCCCAAGCUGGAAAGCCAUGAGGUAGAUUCAGAUCUGUCAGAGAGUGAGUCGUUAGUAACCAGUUCCAGUGCCACCUCAAAAAUGCAAGAUUUUAAUGGAAAUAAGCAUGUUGAUAAGCUUGAUGAAGAGAUUGAACCAGCAUUAACAGAAAAUCAAUCAGAAGCAAAUGAUGUUGAAAAAAAUGAUAAGAAGCUAAAAAAUGUAUCAGACACAUUGAAAAAUGGAAGUGAAAAAAAUAAGAAACGUUCUGGAGACACGGCUUACAGAUCCAACAAUUUCACCUUUGAUAGUCUUGAGAGAAUAUCUGCCAGCUCUUCUUCUAACAGAAGUAUUUCCCAGUCUUCUGAUGAUGAAGUUUUAAUAUCAAAACCAGAUGUUAAAUCUCAAGGCAUACACAUGGCAGCUCAGACUGGACCAUUGACACAGCCACGUGCCAUCACAACUUCAUACAGCACCAGUGCUGAUACAUCUGAAACUUCGGGUUUCGGCUCACUUGGUGAUGAUGCCUUGCCUGUGGGAUCCCACCAUUCUAACCAGGGUUCUUUCAAAGAUCGCAUGGAUGUAUCGUCCGCUGAUUCUGAGAACAAAGAAAUACCAGAUGAUGAUGAUCCUGGGUGGAUGGACAUAGAUGAUAAUGAAGACAGCCAUGAGUCUGAAAAUAAAAAAUGUCUUAUUGACAUGGACAAUGGGGAAGAAAAGAAAGGCAUUGAAGAAGAAGAGGAAAUAAAUACUGAUGAUAACCCUAGUGAGCCAGAUUUCUCAGCUUAUUUGAAAGAUAAAGUUAACUCUCUUCCCAUUCCAAGUACACUGAAAGCCUUUAUUCUUUAUUACAGAUAAUUUACUCGGACUUUGAUUGUAGAAAAAUGGUUUAAAAAAUAAUUAAUGUUAAACCCAUAAAUUAUUCUCUUAAGAAUUUUGCUUAUUUUCCUUUUGCAGUCUUAGACCUGUAAACACAAAAAAAGUAGAUACACAAAUGUCUCAAAUGAAUACAAAAUGCUUAAGAUUUGUUGAAGACCAAUUUUUUGAUUUGUCGAUUUCUUGCAAAAAAAUAAACAUUAAAUGACCUCCGGACGAUUUUGUUAUAAUCUAUCUCAAAAUAGUAGUGACAGUAAGUGUUUUAAUUUCUUCUGUUACAAUGCUGUUUUGUUUGACUUCGUUGUUUAUACUCUUGUAUAUUUUUUGAAGGAACAUGUAUUGAUUGUUUUGUGAUGGAAUUUUCAUGUAUAAAGAUUGUUAAUGUAGUUUUAGAAAAAUGUUUCUUGUAAUUUUUUGCGCAAGUUGUAAACACAUAAUAAGCAGAACUUUAAUGUGGUGUUGACUAAGUAUUUUUCACUUGAUUAUAUCCAUCCUUUGCGCCACUCAAUAUUAAGUAAAUAUAUAUUUGUUUCAUCAGUCACACAUUGAAUGUUCUGUUCAUCAAAUUGUAUUGAGUCUUGAAAUGCAGUUGUAUAACUUGAGGAAACUUAUCAUUUAGCACUCUAGUAGAACAAGGAAACAUCAGGGAAAUGAAAGGGAGGUAAACAAUGAGUCAAGGUGAGUUCCAAUCCCUCAGCGUUUGACAGGCUCUACUUCACAUCAUCCUCUUUGCCUUAGUCUCCCUGAUCCUUUCCUUCUUUGAUGUGCUUUGCUCGUAUCAUGUUCUUUCUAUGGUGAGCAUUGAUUUUGGAUACAUUUACGGACAAAACAAAAAAUCUUCAUUAUAUUGUCAAUGUCACUGCACAACAAUCUUUGAAAGUUGUAUUAGAUUCAAGAGUUUGUUUCAGAAAAACAAAAAAAAGUGUUUUACACUUCCACCACUUUUUAAAAGUUUAAUUUAUCAAUAAAACAAUCAAAAGAAAAAUAGGUCAAUUAGUUUUGACAAUAUUUCAUAUUGGAGAUUUUCAUACCAAUGGUUUGUUUUGAAAUAUAAGUUUUAGUUUGAUUCUGCAGUGUUCAAAAGUGCAAGAGUUAUUACAUAGUUUUACAAUGUAUUGUUUAACUUUACUUCUCUAAUCUCUACCCCAAAUACAACAAAAAAAAAAGCUUGCUAUUUAUGGAUUUGUCUCCAUUAUAUACAAAUCUCCAAUGCUGUAAAUAUUAACUAUCACAAUCAACUUGAAACCUGCCCUAAAUGACUUGGCUAUUGUGAAAUGGCUGUGGCAAUAUAUUGAGAUGUAAAUUUGUACAUUUGUUAAAAUUAUCCUCAAGUCUUUCAAUUUUUCUUUAUUAAAAGUGUUUCAAGACAGCAAUUAUUGUUCAUUGAAUUAAAAAUUAAAUUAUUCUAAAUUCACUGAACUGAAAUGAAUCAUUUAAAAUAUGUUGAAAUGUUAUUGUUGUUUUUUUGUCCACAUAUGGUACAUCGUUUUCACUUACUGAAUUGAUAUAAGCAUGGCAUUAUAAUCUUAUGUUUCUUUAAUUUUUUUCUUAUUUGCUUGUUUGAUUCAUUAGAAUAUUUCACAUUAAUAAGUUUUAACUUACUUUGACUUUUGUUUUCAAUACGACUAGGAGUCUACUAUUUUGAUAGUAUAAUUUGCAUUUUCAAUUUUUAUUGAUCUUGUUUACAACAUUUUCUAAACAAUUUUUGUUUGUAUAUUUAUAUUGUGACUAAAAACUGUAUUAAUGCAGUAAUAUAAAGAGGCUACUUUUUUUUUAAAUUUCUUUAAUUUCUGAUUUUUAUGAAUACAUUGGUUAAUGACAAUAGAUUAAUCCAACUUUCAUAAAAAGGACUUUGAUAUAAAUGUAUUAGUUUAGAAUUGUGUAGCUUUGAUGGUAUUUAAAGACUUGUUCUUGUUUUUUUGAAUGAAAGUUACAAACUGGUCCUAAGUAUUUAUAAUAUUUGUGUACAUAUUGUCAUGGGUUAAACCAGUGUAUUAACAUUAGAUCUAUAUUAAUCAUUUGCUUGUAUGAAAUUUAAGAUUAUUUUUAUUCUACUGCUAUGCUUAGUUUUGAAAGUGUAAAUAUUUGGUUAUUAAUUGCUUAUUAGUUUUAAACAUGUAAAUAGACCACUUCUUAGAUAAUAAAGAUUUCGUUCGAAUAAAUUA